AUGGUAACUCGGAUCGGAGGUGCUGUCUCAGAAGAUCUCUUUCAGAAAGUGGAAGACUGUCUCACCCAGAAGCUCCUGUCCCCUGAAGCCUAUGGGUUGAUGGCAAACCUUCCUCUGCACUAUGGAGCCGCGCUCUAUGGUCUGGGAAUACUGGCGGAGCUUGAAGCUGGAAACCUGCUCUUAUUCUUCCCGGAUCCGGCACUGUAG